AUGGGGGCCCUGAUCCCGCUCCCUCCUCUCUCCACAGAUGAUGUCUCCCCGUACUUCAAGACGGAGCCGGUGCGGAGCCAGGUGCACCUGGAGGGGAACCGGCUGGUGCUGACCUGCAUGGCCGAGGGCAGCUGGCCCCUCGAGUUCAAGUGGCUGCACAACAGCCGGGAGCUCACCAAGUUCUCCCUGGAAUACCGGUACAUGAUCACCUCGCUGGACCGCACCCACGCCGGCUUCUACCGCUGCAUCGUCCGCAACCGCAUGGGAGCCCUGCUGCAGCGCCAGACCGAGGUGCAGGUGGCCUACAUGGGGAGCUUCGAGGACAGCGAGACGCAGCAGAGCGUGUCCCACGGCGAGGCGGCCGUCAUCCGUGCGCCCCGCAUCGCCAGCUUCCCGCAGCCCCAGGUCACCUGGUUCCGCGAUGGACGGAAAAUCUCCCCCAGCAGCCGCAUAGCCAUCACGCUGGAGAACACCCUGGUCAUCCUGUCCACGGUGGCCCCGGACGCGGGGCGUUACUACGUGCAGGCGGUGAAUGACAAGAACGGCGACAACAAGACGAGCCAGCCCAUCACCCUGAGCGUGGCCAACGUGGGUGGCCCGGCCGAUCCCAUCGCACCCACCAUCAUUGUCCCACCCAGGAACACCAGCGUGGUGGCCGGGACCUCGGAGGUGACCAUGGAGUGUGUGGCCAACGCCAGGCCACUGAUCAAGCUGCACAUCAUCUGGAAGAAGGACGGGGCGCCCGUGUCCAGCGGGAUCAGCGACUACAGCCGCCGGCUGACCAUCCUGCACCCCACCCUGAGCGACAGCGGCUUCUACGAGUGCGAGGCUGUGCUGCGCAGCAGCAGCGUCCCCGCCGUGACUGCCGGCGCCUACCUGUCCGUGCUGGGUGAGCUCCCUCCCUGUCCGUGCUGGGUGAGCUCCCUCCCUGUCCGUGCUGGGCAGCUCCCCCACGCCCCCGAGAGCCCCGUGGCCGCCCUGAGCCCGCAGGAGAAACGGGCCAUCAACCUGACCUGGGCCAAGCCCUUCGACGGCAACAGCCCCCUGCUCCGUUACGUCGUGGAGGUCUCCGAGAACAAUGCACCCUGGACCGUGCUGCUGGCCAGCGUGGACCCCGAGGUGACAUCUGUGACAGUGCGGGGCUUGGUCCCCGCUCGCUCCUACCAGUUCCGCCUGUGUGCCGUAAACGACGUGGGCAGGGGACAGUUCAGCAAGGACACGGAGAGGGUGUCCCUGCCCGAGGAGCCGCCCUCUGCGCCCCCCCAGAACGUCAUCGCCAGCGGCCGCACCAACCAGUCCAUCAUGAUCCAGUGGCAGCCGCCCCCCGAGAGCCACCAGAACGGGGUCCUCAAGGGCUACAUCAUCCGGUACUGCCUGGCCGGGCUGCCCGUGGGGUACCAGUUCAAGAACAUCACCAACGCCGAGGUCAACAACCUCCUCCUGGAGGAUCUCAUCAUCUGGACCAACUACGAGAUCGAGGUGGCCGCCUACAACAGCGCCGGCCUGGGGGUCUACAGCAUGAAGGUGACAGAGUGGACCCUGCAGGGAGUGCCCACGGUGCCUCCAGGGAAUGUGCAGGCUGAGGCCACCAACUCCACCACCAUCCGCUUCACCUGGAACCCCCCCAGCCCCCAGUUCAUCAAUGGCAUCAACCAGGGCUACAAGCUCAUCGCCUGGGAGCCGGAGCACGAGGACGAGGCCACGGUGGUGACGGUGCGGCCCAACUUCCAGGCCAGCGUCCAUGUGGGCUUCGUGGCGGGGCUGCGCAAAUUCACCGAGUACUUCACCUCGGUGCUGUGCUUCACCACGCCCGGGGACGGCCCGCGCAGCCCCCCGCAGCUGGUGCGCACCCACGAGGACGUGCCUGGCCCUGUGGGACACCUCAGCUUCAGUGACAUCCUGGAUACAUCCCUGAAGGUCAGCUGGCAGGAGCCUCUGGAGAAGAACGGGAUCCUGACAGGCUACCGGAUCUCGUGGGAGGAGUACAACCGCACCAACACGCGGGUGACGCAUUACCUGCCCAACGUCACCCUGGAGUACCGCGUCACCGGCCUCACUGCCCUCACCACCUACACCAUCGAGGUGGCCGCCAUGACCUCCAAGGGACAGGGACAGGUCUCCUCCUCCACCAUCUCCUCAGGGGUCCCCCCAGAGCUCCCCGGUGCCCCCACCAACCUGGGCAUCUCCAACAUCGGCCCCCGCUCUGUCACCAUCCAGUUUCGCCCGGGUUACGAUGGCAAAACCUCCAUCUCCCGCUGGCAGGUGGAGGCACAGGUGGGCCAGAACGGCGAGGCUGGGGCGUGGGGGCUCGUGCACCAGCUGGCCAACGAGCCCGACACCCGCUCCAUGGAGGUGCCCAACCUGAAGCCAUACACCUACUACAGUUUCCGCAUGCGGCAGGUGAACAUUGUGGGCACCAGCCCCCCCAGCCUGCCCUCCCGGAGGAUCCAGACCCUCCAAGCCCCCCCGGACAUGGCCCCUGCCAACGUCACCCUGAGGACGGCCAGCGAGACCAGCCUGUGGCUGCGCUGGAUGCCCCUCCUGGAGCAGGAGUACAACGGGAACCCCGACUCGGUGGGAUACAGGAUCCGCUACGCGCGGGCAGACGGGCGGGGGCAGCCGGCGCUCCACGUCAUCCGCGACCGCGUGGAGCGGGAAUUCACCAUCGAGGACCUGGAGGAGUGGACGGAGUACCGGGUGCAGGUCCAGGCCUUCAACGCCAUCGGCUCCGGGCCCUGGAGCCCCUCGGUGCUGGGACGCACCCGGGAGUCAGUCCCCUCCUCCGGCCCCAGCAAUGUGUUGGCAGUGGCCACCUCCUCCAGCAGCCUGACGGUCCGAUGGAGCGACAUUCCUGAGGCUGACUGCAAUGGGCUCAUCCUGGGCUACAAGGUGCUGUACAAGGAGAAGGGCUCGGAGGUUCGUGCCCGGUUCUGGCUGGCCGAGGGCAAUGCCUCCCGCAGUGCCCAGCUGGCCGGGCUGGACAAGUACACCCUGUACGAGAUCCGGGUGCUGGCCUUCACCAGGAUGGGCGAUGGUGUCCCCAGCCGGCCUCCUGUCCUCGAGAGGACACUGGAUGACGAGAACCUGACGGGCUACACCUCGUACUGGGUCAGCGUGGCCGCCUUCAACGCGGCGGGGGACGGGCCCCGCAGCCCCCCCGUGAAGGCACGGACACAGCAGGCAGCCCCCAGCGCUCCCGGCUCCAUCCGCUUCAGCGAGCUGACCACCACGUCAGUGAACGUGUCCUGGGAGCCACCGGCGCUGCCCAACGGGGUCCUCGAGGGCUACAGGCUGGUCUACGAGCCCUGCACGCCCGUGGAUGGCGUGAGCAAGAUCGUGACGGUGGAUGUGAAGGGGAACAGCCCGCUGUGGAUGAAGGUCAAGGACCUGGCCGAGGGCGUCACAUACCGCUUCCGAAUCAGGGCCAAAACCUUCGCCUACGGGCCGGACGUGGAGGCCAACAUCACCACGGGGCCCGGGGAAGGUGCCCCUGGCCCCCCUGGAGAACCCUUCAUCUCCCGCUAUGGCUCCGCCAUCACCAUCCACUGGUCCAGCGGGGACCCCGGGCAAGGACCCAUCACCAGAUACGUCAUCGAGGCUCGGCCCUCAGAUGAGGGGCUCUGGGACAUCCUCAUCAAAGACAUCCCCAAGGAAGUGACCUCCUACACCUUCAGCAUGGACAUCCUCAAGCAGGGGGUCAGCUACGACUUCCGUGUCAUUGCUGUGAACGACUACGGCUAUGGGACCCCCAGCACCCCUUCCCCCUCCGUGUCAGCCCAGAAAACCAACCCGUUCUACGAGGAGUGGUGGUUCCUGGUGGUCAUUGCCCUGGUGGGGCUCAUCUUCAUCCUCCUCCUCGUUUUCGUGCUCAUCAUCCGCGGGCAGAGCAAGAAAUACUCCAAGAAGUCGGACUCGGGGAACAGCUCCAAGGCGGCCGCCCUGAGCCACGGGGAGAUGGUGAGCCUGGAUGAGGGCAGCUUCCCCGCCCUGGAGCUCAACAACCGCCGCCUCUCCGUCAAGAAUUCCUUCUGCCGGAAGAACGGCAUCUACACCCGGUAGGGACCCCCUGGCACAGCCCCCUCCCCGGGCAGGGAGAGCGUGACCAAGUACAACGACCUGAUCCCCGCCGAGAGCAGCAGCCUGACCGAGAAACCCUCCGAGGUCUCCGACUCGCAGGGCAGUGACAGCGAGUACGAGGUGGAGCCCGGGCACCAGAAGGCGCAUUCCUUUGUCAACCACUACAUCAGCGACCCCACCUACUACAACUCGUGGCGGCGGCAGCAGAAGGGAAUCUCCCGGGCUCAGGCUUACAGCUACACCGAGAGCGACUCGGGCGAGCCCGACCACCAGCCCCUCUCCAACAGCACCUCCACGCAGCAGGGCAGCCUGUUCCGCCCCAAAGCCAGCAGGACUCCCACCCCCCAGACCCCCGGCAACGCCCCCAGCAGCCAGCCCGGGACCCUGUACCGCCCGCCCAGCAGCCUGGCCCCCGGUUCCAGAGCCCCCAUCGCUGGGUUUUCCUCUUUCGUUUGAUAUUUAAACAGAAGGAAAAAAAAACCAACCGAGGAGGGGGGGGAAUUAGG